UCAUAAAAGUGACUGCUCUUCUCGAUACGUCCUUAUCUUGGAAACUUCAAACGUAACUUUUACGUAACUUUUCCACCAAUGUUUCAAGAUAAAAAGGAUUGGGGUGUAAGAAUCUUAAAUUAUAAAGCACGAGACGAAGCGAAUGAAUUUUAUGCGUUGAAAAUGGUACACUUCUCAUAGAUCGCAUUUGUUUCUAUAUUUUAUCUCGCGAAUAACACAGUUUCUUAACUUUGAACACGUUCGAAAGUUCUCUCUAAUUUUAAAGCGUAAUUACUUACUCGAGUUGUAAUUAUUAACGCGAAUGUGCAUACCAAAGGACGCACGUUCGAGCCAGCGGUUUCACAAUGAAAUGUUCAACUCUCGAGUCAAUAUUGUUAUACCUUAACGACUAGGAAGCAAUUCUUUUGCGUUACGCAGGCAACUGAGAACAAAUGUGGACACGUCUACGUGCGAACAACUCAGUCUCUACGUGCGGAAAAGAUGAAACCGGAUUUGUUAGACUUUCGCGAUCGGUUCGUCGUGCUUUCUUUCCUUCGUUGUUUCUUCGUUGUCGACCGCACCUCUCACGGCACGUGUGAGAAAACGGAUAUCCUGCGGACGGUCCAGAAACGUGUAAAAUAUCGCAAACACUGCAGGAGGAAAGUUUUCCAUGGAAAGUACUUCCGCACGAUUGCAAUGCAGAUCGGAUUUGUUUCUCCUUUAUUUUUUGCGGGCAAAGCUACGUGACGUGAUGUGCUUCUCCAUUUUUACACAUAAGCGUGGCGAAAAAAACAUUUUUCAAGCUCGUCAUAUCCAACGAUUCAACGAAAAGAAUUUCGCCACAUAAAUUAUUGAAGCAAAUUAUGACAUAACGAAAAAAAAAAAAAAAACAUUUAUGAUACGACGAAUAAAAUUAUUUGAUUCGAUAAUCGACUUCCAAACUUGAUUAUCUCUAAUUUCCCCGUUGUACUUAAUUUCCUUUCAUGCGCACACAAUGGGAUGCUGAAAUGACGUUUGCUCAUAAAAUUUCGCUUUAACGCCAUAACGAUUUUUCAUGACGCUUGACAAAUAUUUCACGCUUAAUUCGAUUAAGAAUGACGCGUACGUUUCGAGCGAGCGUAACAAACACGGCGAUCGCGUGCUGCCGCAAAAGUUCAUUAAUUGCACCUCUCCAUUUCAAUUCUGCGUCGUGGCGAGAGUCUGAAAUCGAAUGGGCGCGCGCUCUUUGCACAAGCAAAGUCGUUUUUCGCUCGUAAAUCUUAACCGCAGUUGUUUCGCCGCAUGAAACGAACGAGCGAGCGAGUACGAAUUUCGCAACUCGCACUACAAUUAAAUCGUAUCGAAAGAAAAUAUUAUCCGCGAACAGAUACCGUCGAAAUGGCUCCGCACCGAGUGGUUAGAAAAAUAUCGAGAGAAAAAACGGGAUGCUGGUAGAAUAAAGAGAGAUCAAUCGCGGCGUAUCCUGAAUUGUUAGGCCAAUCUAAUGCAAUUACGACGGUAUGGGAGAAACCGCGAGUUCGCGUUUCCCGCUGUUGGGCCGUAACGCGCACGCGAGAAAUCGCCGGAUGGCAGGAACGAAAAAAGGAGCAGUGUGGCAAUAAUUAUUCCCAGCCUGCGAACCCCAGCCUGUGUAUACACGUGCGUAUGUAUCUCGGUAUCUUGAAUAUCCUUAUCACGGCCGAUCGGGAUUAACACGGCUCGCAUAAUCGGAACGUGUCCGUGCAAUUCGUCGCAAUUUAAUUAAUUCGCCCGCGAUUCCCACGGCAAAUCGGGAACGAAAUCGUACAUUAUUAUUCGCAAUUUCGUGUCGAUGUGUCCGAUUUUGCGAAAUGCACUCUGAAAACACGUUCUCUAGAUCCUUCGCGUUGGAUAUGACGAGCUUGAGAAAUUUUUUUUUUUUUUUUAUUACAAAACGUACCUUGAUUCUUUCUCUUUCAGGAUAGGACAAGGAAAGAUAAAGUUCGCGUGAUUCUAUGCGCUUGCAUUAGUUUUUGUUGUUUCUGCAAUUCCGUUUAUUUUCUAGUCGCGUCGUGUUAACAAGAGCACCAGGGACAUUGACAGGACUACGUCGCUGGAAAAAAAAAAAAAAAAAAAAAAAUAGGAAAGCGCGAAAUCGCCGCGCGAAUUCUGCACCACACAUUUCACUUGCAAACAAAAACUUGCGGGACACUGGGGAUUUACCGCCUUUUACCAGGAUUUCUCCUCGCUUCGGCGAUGGACGCGAUUCAUUAUCGGCACCGAUAACGAUCGCGAGAGUCGACGUUUACCCUGUCGAAUUUAUUACACUCGAUCAAACGUAAGCGAAUCGCUGGUUUCCGUUGUGGCUUUCGCAUAUUUGCGUUCGCGAUCCUGCGAGAGAACUGAAGCGUAAGUCAUGACGAUCGGUCGGCCGAGCGUGGAUCGAUCCCGAUACGCGCGUAAAGUGUGUGAAAAAUCACGAUUGCGAAAAGGAAGCAAAAGAUAGGCGAAAAGUAAGCGAAGCGAGAGAGUGAUGACGCGUGGAAGCGCAAAAUCGUAUCGCAUCGCUACGAAUAAGCCGCCGUGUGUUUGCUUCUGACGUACAUGGAAAUUAGAUCACCGUGUCACAAACACCUACGCAUCCAGGAUCCGCAAUUUCGAGUCUCGCUGAAUCAGGAAUCACGUAUCGAGAUGCUAUUUUACGAUGGUUAUUGAGGAGCGAAUUGCGAAAGAGAGAGAAAAAUCAAGACCACAGUCGAUACGAAACAGCGCAUAAAUGUUGAAAAUAAUUCGAGGCAAAAAUUAGAUUGGAUGGUCCAGCAGAGCGACAGCUUGCUGGACAAGUUCAACAUCUAUAAUUAAGAUGGCUUAACAAAGGAAUAAUGUCUAAAACAAUGAACGGACCAGUUUAUGCGUCAUCUUGUCCCGCAUUGCAGUCGAAUCUGUCGCUACACAGCUCAUCCUAUUACAGCGAAUAUAGCGGCACCACGCGAAGACGAUUAUCCUCGACGGGCGAGGCGGAUACUUCCGCAACGUCGAGUUACGAGGGUAGUGACAGCUCCGAGAACAGCGAUGAGUCUCGUCUCGAUCCAGUUAGCCAGGUGGAACGAGAACAGCUCGAGACUUUCUUCCGAGGAUUAAAAUCACAGGUAUUCGUUUGUGAAUCACUGGCGAAUUUAUAUCUCGGUAGCGCCUCUCAAACAGAGAGGUGGGAGCUCCGUUUCACUGGAAUUCCCGUGGUAGUUCUCGAUCUUGGGGAGACACGAUCAAGAUCCAAGAGACGGAUUCAAAUAUUAUUGGCAGAACGCGGUACUUGCUUCACUCUCUGGCGUGAAACUAUCGACAACCUCUCAUCGUACAAGGUGUCAGGACCAGCUUUCCACACGAUGUGUCUCUCGUCGGAUCACACUCGCUUAGCUGGGCUCAGUUUCGAUAACUCAAAGGCGGCGAACGAUCUGUGGCAACACAUAGAGCGCCUCGUGUCCUGCCCAGAGAACAUCAGCCUAUCGGCUCCGGGUAAGAAGAAGAAGAAACCAGUGCAGAAGAAGAUAGUGCUACCGGCCAAGAGCAACAUCAGUCAGCCGUGUCAGUUCCAGCAUGUGACCAGCGUGGACGCGGCCGAUCGUUCGCGUUACUUCUCGCUGCAGACAUUGGUACCAGCGUUGAGUGAGCUGGAGAACUCGCUGGAAGCGAACUUCUGAGACAAGCCUGACGCCUCCAA